AUUUUGAUAUUAUACUGUAUUUUUGAUAAUUCUCUGGCUGUGGCCUGUGUGGUCCUAUGAUGACUACAAUUUUUUUUCCCAUGUAACUGAAAGAGGACUUUUCAUCUUCUCAAAAGCCAUACAGGAGAUAUCGGACCAAUGGAGCCAAAUUAGGGAAAAAGGGAUAUUCUUAUUAGAAUCUUUGCCUCUCUUUUAAUGCUUUUCAUUAAAUAAGGAAAAACCAGCAAAUUGAAUUGGCAUAUUUACCAUCUUUAUCCCUUCUGAGUAUCUGUCUUGUCAAAUCCAACUUCAUCUAUUAUUUUAUUAAAAAUUGAAAAAGGUGAAUUUGAUACACACAAGGACUCCAAACUCCCAAUUGUCUCAGGACAAUAAGUGGUCAUUAUAAAUAUGCCACCUUUCUAACCAAGGGGCUAAAAACGAAACCCUAUCGAUACAACACAUCAUCAAGAUUCAAAGAAUGGAUUUUGAUUACUGUUUUGAGUGCAAAAAGAACACUGACAUUGUUAUAGAUCACAGGCAAGGAGACAGAGUUUGUACCGAAUGUGGUUUAGUUCUUGAAGCUUGUGGCAUUGACGAGACUGCAGAAUGGAGAAACUUUAACGAUGACAACAAUGACAAAGAUCCUAACCGUGUUGGCAGUGUAAUGAGCCCGCUUCUAAAUCAUGGCAAUCAGCUCGUUACACUUAUCUCUAAUCCCCACAAGAUUGCUGAUCAUUCUGGGGAUGUUUUGUUUUCCAAAAGGUUGCAUAAUCCGGAUAAAAAUUUGGUUAAAGGGUUAGACAUCAUUGCCUCAAUGGCUGAUAGUUUAGGUCUGGUUGCGACGAUCAAGAACCGGGCUGAUGAGAUAUAUGUGAAAGUAGAGGAACAUAAAUUGUGCAGAGGAAAGAAGCUGAAUGCAAUCUUGGCUGCUUGUUUGUUCAUUGCUUGCAGAGAAAGUAAGCUCUCGCGGACGCUGAAGGAAUUGAGCACUGUGGCAGAUGGAGUGAAAGUGAAGGAGAUUAACAAGGCAAUUGAGGUUAUAAAGAAGCAGCUUGAGGUUCACAUGGGUGGCGUGGCGACGGUGGAGCUUGUAAGGAGGUUUUGCAGCAAUCUUGGGAUGAAAAAUCAGGGUGUUGUGGCAGUACAAGAAGCUGUGACAAAUGCUGAGGAGUUUGAUAUAAGGAGGACUCCAAAAUCUGUUCUUGCCGCAAUUAUUUACAUGAUUACACAGCUUUCAGGUGAUAAAAAGUCUUUGAAAGAUAUCUCAGUGAGUGCUGAAGUUGCAGAAUUGACAAUCAAGAAAUCUUAUAACGAUCUUUAUCCUUAUGCUACAAGGUUCAUACCCCAUUGGUAUGCAAAGGAAGAAGACAUUAAGAAGCUUUGUCUCCUUUGAGAUUGUGCAGCAAAUAAUUGUAAAUUGGUCAGGUUUAAUUGGAUUUGAGACUAUAUAUUCAUGUCAUGAAUAUAAAUAAGGCAUCUUUUGUCUCUUCAGAAAAUUGCGCAAGUCCCGAAUAGGAGUCAGGGUAACCUAAGGCCUUAGCCCAAACUCAGAAGGCAAUACAUGAAAGGGCCCAGUUUUAGAAAAGUCCAUACCCUAAAAGAACAUGGAUCUACAACUUUAUUUAUGGGUAGUUUUAGUAAACCCCCAUGAGUGUAACGAUAUACAAUGAUCACUCUCAAAUAUCGAAAAUAGGAGGGUAAACCCCCUUGUUUUUACGGAUUGUUGUCAAUGGUAUAAUUUAU